AUGCCGCGAGGCGUGCGCGUGACGCCUUCGCGACCUGGUCGACGUGAGGGCUGGGACGACGACGAAGCGUGGGCAUCCAAUUCAGACGACGAUGAGUUUGUCACACGUGUUGCCACAGAGCCAGUAUCGUUACCAGCUGAACGUCAUCAACACUACAUGGCGCCGGCGCCCACCUCGCAUGGCGCAUGGACACUCAUGACAUCGGACAUGUAUGAUGCACAUCCUGCAGAUGCAAGAUCAGGGACACCAUCUGUCCCGUACGGCGCAGCUGAGAGUACGUUGGAGAGAUCGCCACAUGCAUCGACAUCCGCAACACUGUCGGCACGUCUCGCAGCGCCGCGCGUCGGUGCUGCAGCAAGUGCGUCGCAGCGCAUAGUCUCACCAUCGGCCACGACAGACGAUGCUGAUGGACACGUCGUCCACUGGGCAGAGCGUAGCAUAGCCAUGACGACGUCACCACAUCUCGACACGAGGAAAAAUGGGUAUUUGGAGGCCGUUGUCGAAGACCCUCUGAACCUCCUACCCAAAUCAAAAAUGCUCACGUAUACCAUGUCAAUCCCCGCGCCUUCGCAGCCUGCCACGCCGAAGCAAGAGGAGCCACUCGCUCCAGCAUCACAGCCCACUGAGGAUGUGGCUCAAUCGUUUCUCAUUGCUUGGGUCGGCGCAGCGGCCUUUGAUCCUAUUGCGACGAUGAACGACGGCGUAUUUACCACCCCUAUGUCUCCAGAGACCCUCCCUUACGUAUCUACAGCACCCAAAUCCAAUACUACCUCAUCUGCACGAAACACGGCGUCAAAUACUCCGCUGUCGUCGUCCUCAACACCGGCAUCUGGCGCGCCUCCGCCUGCCUCACGCGCUGCAUCAGCCGACGCGGAGAGUGGCCUCGAACGACGCACAUCUACACGCACCAUCCGCAAUCGAGAGCGUCUCGAGCAAUGCCUGCAAAAUGACAACAUUGACCUAGCAGCGCUUCGCUCGCUCGCUUGGAAAGGUGUGCCGUCCGAUCUGCGCCCGAUCGUAUGGCCCCUCUUGCUUGGCUAUCUGCCAGCCACAUCCUCGAUCCGCACGGCGACACUCGCGAGGAAACGGGCUGAGUACAUGUCGGGCGUCGACAGGGCAUUUGCACAUGGUACAGAGUCACUUGACCGUGCGGCAUGGCACCAGAUUCGCAUCGACGUGCCGCGAACGAAUCCAGGCCUGCGGCUCUGGCAGCAGGCCGAAACGCAGCGGGCUCUAGAGCGCAUACUGUAUGUUUGGGCCAUUCGACAUCCUGCGUCAGGCUAUGUUCAGGGGAUCAACGAUCUUGUGACGCCAUUCUUUGAGGUGUUCCUGAGUGCAUACAUUGAUUCCGACCCCGAGACGUUCGAGUUUGCAUCGCUACCCCUUUACGUGCGCCAGGCCCUCGAGGCCGAUACGUUCUGGUGCAUGUCGAAGCUGCUCGAUGGCAUUCAAGACAAUUACAUCUUUGCGCAGCCAGGGAUUCUGCGGCAGCUGAGCAUUAUGGCCGACGUAGUCAAGCGCAUCGAUGCGCCACUUCACGAGCACUUGGCCGAGCAAGGUGUUGAGUACAUGCAGUUCUCGUUCCGCUGGAUGAACUGCCUGCUCAUGCGCGAAAUGAGUGUAAAGAGUAUCAUCCGCAUAUGGGACACAUACUUGGCCGAAGGCGCCGACUCGUUUUCCGAAUUUCAUCCAUUCGUGUGCGCUGUAUUCCUGCAUCGCUGGCGCAAAGAGCUGCUGAGGAUGGACUUUCAGGCCAUCAUCAUGUUCCUCCAAAGUCUGCCGACUCAGCACUGGUCCGAUCAUGAUGCAGAAAUGCUGCUCAGCGAGGCAUUCAUGUACAAGUCCCUCUUUGGAAAUAGUGCACACAUCGGUAGCUAG